AUCUGGCAGCCAGAGGUAGGCGCUGCCUGGCAGAUCAUCCUCAUCAAGCCCAUAGAGAUCAGCGACGACGGCAAGGUCACUCCCGACGUCGACAUCUACGAUAUUGACCUCUACGACAACGACGAGUCUACCUUUUCCGCCCUCCACAAGGCCGGCAAGAAGGUCAUCUGCUACUUCAGCGCUGGUUCUUGGGAGGACUGGCGCGACGACAAGGACGACUUCAACGAGACCGAUCUUGGUGACGAGCUCGACGGAUGGCCUGAUGAGCGCUGGCUCAACGUGUCCAGCCCAGCCGUGCGUACCAUCAUCAAGAAGCGCAUCGAGUAUGCGGCCGAGAAGGGAUGCGACGCUAUUGACCCAGACAAUGUCGAUGGAUUCCAAAACGAGAACGGCCUUGACCUGACCUCCGACGAUGCAGUCUCCUUUGUCAAGUUCCUGGCAGACACGGCAGCCUCGUUCAACAUGUCGACAGGCCUCAAGAACGCUGGAGACAUCAUCCCCGACGUCAUCUCGGAUGUGCAUUUCUCCGUUAACGAGCAAUGCGUCGAGUACGCCGAAUGCGAAACGUUCGCCGAAUUUGUCGAGAACGACAAGCCCGUCUUUCACAUCGAGUACCCCAAGGGGACGCCGAACAAGGUUUCAAGCAAGGAUUCAAGCGAAAUAUGCUCCCAGAAGGGCAAAGCGGCGGGGACAGAGCGCUUCAGCACCGUGAUCAAGACCAUGGAUCUGAACGGCUGG